AUGUCGGAUUCCGACGGCGACAGCGCGGACGACACCGAAACUGCCUGGAAAGAGGUUCUCCCCAAUGACGAUCUGGACGUUGUCGUCUUCACGCAGAAGUUGUUCAAAAAGCGAUUUCCGGUGGAAACCCGGCUUGACGACGAUACAUUUUUUGCCAUAUACCUCACCGAACAACAGAGCCGAGCCGAUCUGAUCCGUUUGGCGCCUCACGCGCAUACGAGGGAGGGCAGGUUCAACGCCGAUUAUCUAAGAAAGCUCAGCCGUUACUGUCAGCGCCAACGCCCCGUAGUCGAGGAGAUACCUAGUCGUGCGGGCGGUCAGGGAUAUCUCCCAGCAGGUCUAGCGUAUUCUGCAUCCUCAGACGAUUCGGUAACAAGCGACGAACCGCACCAGAGAAGUCCGGUUCUCGGCGAUGACCUGUUAACGCCGCCAACCUCCUCAUUGCCGCGCAAGUGCAAUAGCACGGCGAGGAAAAGGCGCCACUCGACCGUCAGGUCAGUAUUUCUGCAAAUGCGUGCCUACGGCUCACUAACCUACGCCGAAAGUCUUCCCCCACUUCAAUUCUCAUCACCGAAGCGACCAUGCCACGGCAGAAAGACCGAGGCUAUCUCCUCUGUCGCUACCCCUUCAGAUACACUGUUCCAAAUACAACAAAUGAAAGCCACCCUCGCGGCGUUGGAGAGCGAACUCCUUCUCCGUUCCGACGACACCUCAAGCCAAUGGCGGCAAAACAAUCCUUCGAAGCAGCCGGUGCGUCAGCCUUCUUUCAACACGGGAACGAAGGCCGGACCAUCCAGAUAUCGGGAAUUCGACAGUGUCGGAGCACCUUCGAGCCCUCCAAGGAUGGAGGAUGACAUGGUCUUUCUGGGCUCAGACGUCCUCAACGGCCCCGCAAUCGCUCAUGGGUUGCCGUCCGUCAGCUCAGACGCCAGCUUCUGGCUGUCAGAAGGGGACGUCAGGCCGAAAGACCAGAGUUCCCGCAUGGGAGAGGAUUUAGCACCGUAUGACUUCGGGGCCGCACCCUACCAUUCGUGUACCCUUCAUGAGCUGCUCGCUAACGAAACUCCGGAAGGGAAGGCUAACCGGUUGGUGGAGAUGUUCGGAGGAGCGGAGGAGGAAGACGACUAG